AUGCAGCUGAAAGCGAUGGACAAAGCUUUCGUGCCGCAAACAAUGGCUGAUUUAGUGUCAAACAUAACGGCCCGCUCUACGGAUGUCGAAGAUGCGCUAUUUAAUCAAAAAGGAAUGAAAGAGGCUCCAUUCCGAGAUUUGGAUCGAAGUGGAAAGGCAGUUUGUACAAAGAAUAAAACGAAACAAUGCCCAUUUGGUAAUACAUGUCCUCUUCGUCACAUAGAUGGAGAGAAAGCAGUAGUAUGUAAGCACUGGCUGCGUGGACUUUGCAAAAAGGGAGAUCAAUGCGAAUUCCUUCAUGAAUACGAUCUGACGAAGAUGCCAGAAUGCUUCUUCUUCUCGAAAUACAGUGCAUGCAGCAACAGAGAAUGCCCGUUUCGGCAUAUUGACCCAGAAACCAAAUUAAAAGACUGUCCAUGGUAUGAUCGUGGAUUCUGUAGGCAUGGACCAUAUUGCAAACAUCGCCAUCGUCGUCGAGCUGUUUGUCCAAAUUACCUUGCAGGUUUCUGCCCACAGGGUCCAGAUUGUCAAUAUGCGCAUCCAUCAUUCGGGCUUCCUAACUUGGAAAACAUACCUAUCAGUCAUUCUAAGCCAGUCUAUAGCCAAGGUAUCACUUGCCAUAAUUGCCACGAACGAGGGCACAAGGCCACAAGCUGUCCAAGUCUACCAGGACAAAAUCGGCAGUCACAGGAUCAUCAUCAUCGAGUCGACCUAUCGAUGAUACCAGAUAAGAAGAAUCUGUCAGAUGUUACGUGUUAUAAGAUGCCUCGGAAAAGAGGAGCUCCAGCAGAAACAGGCAACCGAUCUCGAGUAACGAGGAGAUCCAAUACUCACACGGCUCCACCUUCAAAAAGAAAACCAUCGCCAGAUUCUGAGGUUGAUUCAGACGAUGAUUACGAAGCAUCUACAUCAACUGCAAGAAAGGGAAAGCGUGGAGGAUCGACUGCGAUUCGUGGAAGAGGAGGAAGCAAGUCAAAAAGAGCAUCACAUCAAAUGAAGGAAGAUGUAGACGAAGAUUUUGAUGAUGAUGAUGAGGAAGAGGAAGAAGAUAAUGGAGCAAAUGAAGCCAGUGAAGAAACGCCAGAAGUUACCCCAAAGAAACAGCCAAAGUCAACAGCAAAAAAUAAAAAGAAAAAAGAAACUCCACCAACGUCUCCAAGUCCAACACCGUCACUUUCCCCAUCUCCCGCUCCCGUGGUAGUUAAACCUGAACCUGCUCCUAGAAGAGGAAGAAAGUCAGUAGCUCCCACUGGAAGGGGAAAGAAAGGUCCAGCUGAGUCGGAAACUAAAAGAAGUGCACCAUCUAGAAGAAAGAAACAAGUGGUAGAAGAUGAUGAGGAAGAAACUCCAGAAGAGAAGAAAUAUCGAGAACGAGCAGAAAGGAAAGCAAGACGAAUAGAAGAAGCCAAGGAUAGGCCAAAAAUGACACUCGAAGAAAAAUUGAUUAAACUGGCAAAGAAAAAAGCGAGGAGAUUACGGAGAAAGGAACAGGAAAAAGAGGAGGCAAUGAGACAGAAAUAUGGAUCGAGAAAAAUUAAAGCCGAAGCGAGCAAAUGGAAUUUCGGACCUAUUUCUUCUAUUAAUCAACGAAGAAGAGAAGAAAUGAUGGUCUAUUUUCCGAAAGCUAAUUUUUCGUCAACUAAUGGAGUACCACCUGGUUACAUCGUUGAUGCAAUAACCAUCAUUGACUGCAUGCACACUUUCUGCAAGAGAUGUCUUUUGAAUUAUUUCGACUCUGACAACAAAACUUGUCCAACGUGUGGGACUUUCAUCCAUGGUUCUCACCCAACCCAUUACGUCACAUAUGAUCGUGCACUCAAUGAUCUCGUAAAUCAAUUUGUGCCCAAAAUGGAGGAUAAUGAGUUAGAAGCGAGGAAGAAAUUGCUAAGAGAUUGCCGAGAAGCGAUCGGAAUAGACACUGCGGCAGAGGAUCGUGAAAGAGCAGAACGACUGGAAAGAGAAAGAGUGACUGGGACAAACAGGUGCUAUCCACUAGAACUGCCUCGUUUCUCACAUCAUCGAGAUGACUGUCAAGUUACUGUGAACCUUCUACCUGGGACUGCUAACCUACCUCUUAUUACUCGUCCAUUCGUUCGUUGUAGUGAAAUGACCACUAUGAAUACAUUGAAAAAAUUCAUCUCUCUUCAAAUAUGGGAUGACCAAAGCAGAUACGGAGAUCUCGAUGUUUUCUGCGAUGGGCAGCUGAUGGGAAAAGAUUUUUCGGUCCGGUUUGUAUGGAUGAUGAAGCGACGUGGUCAGCCCAAGUCCGAGCCUUUGGUUAUCCGAUAUCACAUGACUAGAAGUUGA